CUCAUUAAAUUGCUCUAAUUUCGUUGGUUACAAAUGUUCGGCUCAUUGGCAAAGUUCCCCUUGACAUCAUACAGCGAUGUUUGUGCCAAAAUUUGGUCCAAUAUUUGUGACUUUUAUGGCUUUGACAGCCCUAAAUAAAAGUGGUCUGGCCAGCAGAAUGACCUUCAAGACUGCAGAAUGCAGAUACAACCGGCAGAUAUUCUCAAACUUCACAGCACAGAUAAUUAACACCAAACUUUUAAUGGAUAUGGUCCUCGUUUCGACACUUUCGCAAGGACUAAAGGCGCACUUGGGCUUCGAGUUCCGCCGGUACAAGGCAAAGCCCUACCAGAGUGUAUUCCAGCACGACAUAAACUACUGUGCCCUGAUCAAAGGGGCACAGGAGUCUAUCUAUCGGCGCUGGUUCAUGUCCAUGCUCAAGGUGGGAAACUUUUCCACGAGCUGCCCCAUCGGAACGGGCUACUACUACCUACACGGCUGGACGUUGGACGCCGGCUACAUCCCCUCUUUCUUUUAUAUAGGCGACUACCGCAUCUCCGGUAGAUUCUUCUACGGUAGGUUCAAGAAGAAAGAAGAUAACCCCAUACUGGAAUGCUCUAUAGAAGCCGUGCUAAGCUAA